AUGGACGACGCCCGCAAAGGUGACGCUGCUCUCAGCGCAAGCAAACCCGACGAAGCCAUUGAGCAUUACACCAAGGCCCUUGGUGUCAAUCCGACCGCCGUGAAAUACUACAUCGGCCGCUCGACAGCCUAUCAGCGUACCUCCAAGUUCCCCGAAGCCCUUCACGAUGCCGACGUCGCAGUUGUCCUUGCCAGAAAGCGCGGGUCACGCGAGCUUAUCAAGGACGCCCAGUUUCGACGCGCCGUCGCACUCUACCACCUUGGCAAAUAUGCGGAUGCUGACUUUCUCUUGCGCAUAGUAAAAGGCCUUGACGAAAAGGACAAGAUGCUGCCAAUUUGGGAAGCCAAGGUGGCAUCCAAGUUGAAAGACGUACCAGAGAAUGAUGAGCAGAGGACAAUUACCAUCAAGGAGAACCCAGACGUGGAAAUACCCAGUACAAGCACACCUAGCGCCCCAGCCAAAACCGCAGACUCGGCAACAACACAGGCACCGAAGCCUCCUGCGCCGACGCCCAAAGAGAAAAUCAAGACCGAUUGGUACCAGUCGCAUGAUAGCGUGACUCUGAACAUCAUGGCCAAGGGUGUGCCCAAGGACAAAGCUGUUGUAGAGAUUGAACAAGAUUCUGUCUCCGUCUCCUUUCCCAUUGCCGACUCGUCAUCCGAAUACAGCUACAACGCCGACCCUCUCUUUUCCUCCAUCGAUGCCUCGCAGUCAAAAUACCGAAUAACCCCCACCAAGAUCGAGGUGACGCUACGAAAGGCAACACCAGGCGUGAAAUGGCACAGCCUUGAGCGCGCUCAGGGCGAAGCAGCCGCCGUUACAUCGCAAGCAUCGUCUUCUGUCGCCCCUGUAAAGGAGACCGCCCCUGCAUAUCCUACAUCGUCUAAAUCAGGCGCAAAGAAUUGGGACAAGGUGGUGGUUAACGAUCUCGACGACAAGGACGAAAUCGAGGGGGACGAGACAUCGCACUUUUUCAAGCAGCUGUACAGCGGCGCUACGCCCGAGCAGCAGCGGGCUAUGAUGAAGAGUUACUCGGAGAGCGGCGGCACGGUGCUGAGUACCGACUGGAGUAAUGUUGGUAAUAGGAAGGUGGUUCCUGAGCCACCCGAGGGAAUGGAGGCGAAGAAGUACUAA